UAUUUCACAGGAAAAACCUGUACUGAAAAGCUUGAAAAAGGUGGUGAUCAUGAAAUUCUUCUCUGGAGUGAUUUUGGCCCUUGUUGCUGGACUUUUGGUACAAUUGGUGACUUGUCAAACCAAAUGGAAGCCUGUACUUAGUGGCACUUAUGGCAAGGAUUUAGCCAAGUGCAAGUCCAGUUGGGUCCAGAUCAGCCUUGAUGCAGAAAACAACUCCAAAUCAGUAGCAGAUUGCAUGUUGAAGCUUGCCUAUGCUGUGGGGCCCAGACUUUCAGACCCUGAAGGAGUGCCACCAAUUGGUCUGAAAACACUGGAUCCCAUGAAUGUGGCCACAGUGUCAGUGGCAGACUCUGAUCUGCUGAAGGGAACCUUGACUGAUGUCAAAAUAUACAAAGUUGCUGACCAUUUGGCUCCCACCUUCUCCUCAAUGAAGUAUGAUGCUAAAUCCAAGAUUGCCACUCUUUCAGUCAAGGGAAAAGAUGUUCCUCUAGAAGGGAACUAUGACCUUGAAGUGAAUGCUGGAGCCCUGUUCAGACCUGGUUCCACUGGAACCAAAACCAAAGGAUUCCUUUCUGGAAUAGCAAAGACUCUUGCUGUUGAAGUGCGCUUGUUCAUGAGGCAAAAGAAAAAUGGUGGCUUGUCCUUGUACAAAGUUGACACAAAGUCCAAAGUUGGCAAGGUUGAACUCAACUUCAAGCCUGAGAAGGAAAAUGACCCCCUGGUUGGCAUCCUCAACACCAUCGUAUCCAACCCAGAUGUCGCUGGCAGUCAGAACCUACUCCGAGUUUUCCAACAGGUCAGCAGUCACAUGAUGAGGCUGACAGUUUUUGUGUUGGUCUGUGUUGCAAAACUGGGCUCAGGAGGCAAAGUUGUCCAGGGACCAUAUGGAACAGAUUUACUGGCUUGCAAGGCUGACUGGAUCAGAGUGAGCCAAGACCCCAACAUGUUUUCCAGCUGCCUGGAGAAGUUGCUUUUGGCUGUUGCACCCCAGGCUUCUUCUCCUGAAGGCAUCACUCUCCUAGGGAUACCAUCCUUCAAUCCCAUCAAACUGGACAACUUUGAGUUGCCAAGAAACAUACCACUCAAGGGCUCUGUCAAGAAUGUUGUAAUCUACAAUGUGACCAGUGCAUUCAACAGGGAUCAAUCCUCAAUCAUCUAUGAUGUGCCAACAAAAACAGCCAUCUUGACAGUGAACCUCCCAUCCUCCAUUGUGGAAACCACCUAUGAUCUGAAACUAGACCUCAGUGAUUACCUCGGGUUCUCACCUCCAGAGGGCGCUCAGCAGAUAGAUGGCGCUCGCUCCAGAGGGAAAACUCGGACUCGACUUGAUGACGUCGUCUGCACUUGUUUUGCUGUCAUGAGGGAGAAGAAAAAAGGCGGCUUGGUCAUUGAAAAGGCUUCUGCUCAAAUUCGUUUUGGGAAGUUUAAAAUGUUGUUCGAGCCUUACGACCGUGAUGAUCAACUCGCUCGUCUGAUGAAUAUUGUGGCAGAAACCGAUGGAGUGAAACCAAUCGUGGAAAGCAUGUCCAUACCGAUUGCUUCCAGAAUGUCAGCUAUGCUCGGAAACCUGUUCCAUCAAGGCUGGAAACGUUUGAGCGACCUCUAAGCAGUUUCUCUAAAACUCAACCCUGUUUCCCAUCUGAUCAAAGCAGAAAGAUGGCAUUCCCUGGUACUGCGCAAAACCGGGGCUGAUUUCAACACUUAUAACAGUAUUAUGGGGCUGAUUUGAAUGACUGCGUGAAGGCAUUUUGGGAACUCUUGCAUUCUUUGGUGAUAUGACUUGGUACAAUAAUAAAACCUUAUUCAUCUUUGA